AUGAACCCAACGAUUUCCUCGAUAGUUUAUGAUGAAAGCAAUAAAUACUUAACUAUUGUGGGUGAAAAUUUUGGAGCAUACCAGAAUCUUUUGAAAGUAUAUGUAUGCGAUAAAGUUGCCCAGGAGAUCCAAUUGCUCGCACCACAUACAAAAAUUUCAGUUUACUACGAUUCAGCGUUAUUUGAAAAUAUAGUCUGCCCAUUUAUUCAAAUAGAGGUUAAUAAUCAAAAUUCCUCAUCUGGUGUUUUAUCAAUCCCAUCUCACAUUACUUCAGUUAGUUUACCUCCAGCCAAGGGUGGUCAAAUUACAAUUCAAGGUUCCUUCUUAUCAGAUACUAAUUACUAUGGGACACCCCUUCCUUGGAAAUUAUAUUAUAACAGCAAUUUCUAUACAAGCACACAAUGUCCCACAAUAAGUCCCACAACUUUAAUUUGUAACUCGCCACCAGGUAGUGGAACGUUAAUGGUAAAACUCGAGAUCAGCAAUAAACUAACCGAAACUAUCAGCGUUCCAUAUAUGGAACUUAUCCAAGUUACAGAUGUAAAUCAAAUUAAAGAUACCAUUACUAUUAUUGGUACUGGUUUUUCAUACGAUAUCAGCAGCACUACUAUAUUUAUCUCUGCCCAAGAACUUACACCAAACUGUAAUAUUAAUAGUGAUACCGAGAUUGUCUGCAGCACUAUCCCUCUUUAUAUUCUUAGUGGUAAAAUAGAAAUCUCCAAUAUGCUUACCAAGUCAAACAGUUUUACAUUUUAUUUCAAACCUUAUAUUAUCUCACUUAGCACCCCAAUAUUAGAUACUGCUGGUGGUGAAACUAUUACUAUUUCCGGUAGAUUUUUCGAAACUGUAGACCCAAUCACCAAUUCAAAUAACAACUUUAAACUUUUAUCAGAUGGUAUCGAUCAACUAUCCAUUUCUCAAAUCGAUGGAACAACAAUUAUCGCUAAAAGCAUUGGUGGAUUUGGUAAAAACCAUUAUUUUGUUGCACAAUCAAAUAGUAGAAUCUCAAAUCAAGUUCAAUAUUCAUUUUCACCACCUUCUAUUACAGGAUUUACUCAAAUUAAUGAAAAUCAGUUUUCAAUCCAAGCUCAACACUUCAGCACUGAUCAAGAAUCAUUAAACUCGGUAAUUAUAAAUGACCUAUCAGAAACCACACCUUUUAUUUCACAAGACCGUAAAUCAUUAAUAAUUACAGUUAAUGGCAAAACUUCAAAUGGUCAAAUUAUUAUAAAGGUUGAAGGUCAACAAUCUAAUAUUUUUUCAAUAUACUUUGCCCCAAUUAUUAAGUCAUUAUCAUUAAAACCAUAUCUUGAUGGAUCUUCAAUUGUAACAAUUAAUGGUCUUUAUUUCUCAAACAAAAACUAUCAAACUAACAGCCAAGUUGAUCUUUCAUUUAGCUAUGAAUUAGACUCUGUACCAAAUAGCAAUUCAAUAUUAGAAUGCACCUAUAUCAAUGGUGAAUCAGCCUCAUGCAAAGGUUUCAAUGGCUAUGGGUUUGCUAAAUUAUUAUUGAUUAAAACAGAUAGCUCUAUUUCAUACACUUCAAACAAUUUAACAUUCUCAUUCCAAGAACCUAAAGUUAUUAAAUCAACAUCACUUUAUUACAAUAAACCAGGUAAUAUCACAAUCACAGCAGAAAGCUUUUCAUCAAAUAGUUUAGAAGUUUAUGUUUCAAAUUUUUCAUGUAUUAACCCAGUAGCAAUAGAUAACAGUCAUAUUAAUUGUUUUUACGAAGCAAAUGCCCCACCAAACCAAAAUCAAACCUCCUUAACAGUUUCAAUUAUAUCUAAAAACAUGUUUGGUAAAAAUCAAGUAUUCUAUUAUUACGAACCAUUAAUGUGCCCAAAUAACUGUACCUCUCCUGAUCAAGGUAUUUGUAAUCCAAUUAAUGGUGAAUGUUCCUGUAAUGAUAGUUUUGGAAGUUUAGAUUGUUCAAUUCCAAAACAAAAGCCAUUACCACCACCAAUUGUAGACGACAAUGGUAACUCAAUUAUCAGCGGUGGUACACAUAAUUUUACAGUUUCUAUAGUUUACCUAAGAGAAUUAAACAUUUUUUCUGGUGCAGUCAAAACUCUUUCAAUGGCAAAUAUUAAAUGGGUCAAUAAAACAAAAAACAAUACCACCGAUUCAUACUUUAAAGGUAUUUUUGAAAACGAUACAGCCACAAUUGAAUUGGAUGCCGUCUACUACAAAGAUGCAUACCAAUACGACUUUGCAGGUGAUAUUGUUUCAAUUCCAUCAAAUUCAAUUAAAUACGUAAUUACUAUUUCAAACUGGGAAUUUGAAUCACCUUUAAAUACUCUUCAAGUUAUUUAUAAUUCAAAAACAAAGAGAUAUCAUAAUGAUGGUUGCAAGAUUUAUCAAACUUCAAGUAACUCUGGAGGCGGAUCAGGUGCCAAUGAAUCUGUAAGCUGGUUCCAAUUAGCUUCUGGUGGAUCAGUUAUGGAUGCCAAAUUCUCCAGACGUAUGUUUGUUGAUGACACAGUUAGAAAAUCGUAUGUUUCAGUAUUAUCAAUUGAAGAUCCACUUUACCUUUUACUCAACACUAAUGACGAAUACUAUUAUAGAUUAACCUCAAUUAACACACCAUCUUUUUCACAAAGAGUUGUUUUAGAUCCGUCAUUCAAUUCUUUAAUUAGAGCUUCAGAUAAUGCAUGCGAAAAUAAAUGGAAAGUACCUGUUAUUGCUUCAGUUUGUUCUGUUGGUGGGGUUGCAUUAAUAACUGUUGUUUUGGGAGUAAUGUAUAGAAAAUAUAAAGUCAGAAUUUUUCUAAAAAAAUUCUCAUUUAAAAUGAAUAAACUUUAA